ACUUCUGAGACAGUCCCUGAUACAAUUCCCCCAAGGCGGCGACAGCACAGCUGCAUCUCGCCUCGACUCGUCUCCCCCGAGCGAGGUCGCCCGCCGCCGCCCUCGCGCGCCGCGGGCCGAGCGCCCCCGAGGCUAGGGUUCGAGGGAGGACACAUGUCGGCGCCCGCACCGGACCGGAUCCGGGCGGCGUGACGCGGAUCCGGCGGACUCGCGAGUGUGGGGGCGGCCAUGGCGUCCUCACCGGUCAAGUUCUUCUCGAUGUUCCUCGCCGUCUCCGUCGUCGGAUGGGUCGUCUUCACAUUUGCUGCAAGAUUGCUAGCUUGGUUCUUGAGCCGUGUGCUCACAGCUUCUGUUGGGUUUCGAGUUGCUGGGUUCAAUUGCUUGCGGGAUGUGACAAUAAAAUUUCAUAAGGGUUCAGUUGAAUCUGUUUCAAUUGGUGAAAUAAAACUAAGUUUCCGCAAGUCACUGGUCAAACUAAGUUUUGGUUUUAUCUCCAAGGAUCCAAAAUUGCAAUUGCUUAUAAAUGAUCUUGAAAUUGUAACUAGAUCAUCAUCACAAAACAUAAAGGUAAGAAAGUCAGCAAGGCCUCGGUCUACAGGAAAAGGGAAAUGGCUGGUCACAUCAAGCAUGGCGAGACUUUUAUCAGUUUCUGUGACAGAUUUGAUAAUCAAGGUACCAAGAGGUGCUGUUGACAUCAAAGAAUUAACGGUGGAUACGUUCAAAGUUGCUGGACCUAACCAUAUUCUUGGUGUCAAGUUGCAUCUUUUACCUUUGAAUGUACACUUGGGAGAUUUAGGAUUGGCUUCUGAUCCGAUGGGCAGUUGUAAUCUGCUUGAUGCUUUCCAGUCUGAUCAAGCUUCUGUAUCUAACUCGGAGAAAAGCUUGGCCCCAUUUUUUUGUGAAGAUUUGUUGGUUACUUGUGAUUUUGCUCAUGAAAAGGAGAAAGGCAUCAAAAUCAUUAACCUGGAAUUGAAAUGUGGGCAUGUUGUUGCAAACAUUGAUGAAAGGAUGUUUCGCAAGAAGCAUACAGUUCCGGAAUAUAAUACUUUCUCUUCAAACACUGGAGAUGCUAUCAUGGAAACUUCAGCAAUCAAACAGACAACCAAAAGCAAAUCCAUUCUACCAGCGUUAAAGAAACAAAUGCUCACAUUUCCGGAUAAGGUUAGCUUCAGUGUGCCGAAACUUGAUGUGAAGUUCAGGCACCUGCAAGAAGGACUUAGUGUUGACAACAACAUUACAGGGAUCCAGUUUACUUGUGCAAAGUCCCUACCACAGGAUGAUUUAGAAGAAGCUACACCACACUUCGAUGUUCAAAUUGAUCUGAGUGAAGUUCAUUUAGUUAGAGAAGGCUCUAGCUCUCUGUUGGAAGUUCUUAAAGUCGUCACCAUUGCUUCUUUGGAUGUCCCUGUGGAUCCAUUUCUUCCAAUCAGAGCUGAGAUCGAUGCCAAGCUUGGGGGGACGCAGUGCAAUGUUAUGUUAAGCAGGCUGAUGCCAUGGUUGCGGCUUCAUUCUUUGAGAUCCAGAGGAAUGAAACUUUCUAAGAGAGACCCCAAUCAAGAAAUUUCUCAGAAAAAGGAGUUCAAGCCAAUUUUGUGGACUUGCACAGUCGCUGCUCCGGAAACGGCUGUCAUGCUUUACAAUAUUAAUGGAUUGGCAUUGUAUCAUGCUUGUUCCCAGUCAUUACAUUUGUUUGCAAAUAAUAUUGCAAGCAAGGGGAUUCAGAUACACACAGAACUUGGUGAACUGCUGGUGCACAUGGAGGAAGAAUAUAGACAGUUCUUGAAGGAAAGCAGAUUUGGUGUGGAUACUUACUCUGGUUCCCUAAUGCAUAUCGCUCGGGUGAGCCUUGACUGGGGAUACAGGGAAAGUGACGUCCAAGAUAUGAUUGAAACUAGUAGGCAUGCACUUGUUUUGUCCAUCGAUACUAGUGACAUAGAAGUGAAAUUUGACUUCAAACAUUUGGAAUCACUUGUACUUAGUUUGAUGUCGUUUAGGACUCUAUUUAAGAGUCUUCAGCCAUCUGGUGGAAAUGUCAAAGAAAAGAAUUUGAAGCAUAGAGGGGACAAGAAAUUGAAAGGUGUGAAAAUAUUGAAAAUAAGUCUUCAGAAAUUCUCUAUUUCUUACUGUGGUGAUGCAAACAUAGUAAAUAUGGCAAUUGAUGAUCCGAAGCGUGUGAACUAUGGCUCGCAAGGUGGUCGAGUAAUUGUUAGUGUUUCUGCUGAUGGAUCUAGUUCUGGUGUCAGACUAACUUUACUAGAUAUGCAGAAUGCUAAAAUCGUUCGCCGAUCCAGUGGCCAUACAGAAGCUGCUGUUUGCUUCCUCUUCAGUGCUACAGACCUUAAUCUGAGAUGGGAACCUGAUGCUCAUUUAGCACUAUAUGAGACCUUCAUCCGCUUUAAGCAUUUCCUACAUCAUAACAAGUUUCAGAAUUCUGAAAAGCUGUUCAAUACUGAAGUCGCCAAUAGCAAAGCAAAUGAACAUGGCAACAUGACUGCUGGUUCAAUUAAAACUCAGAAAUCUAACAGAAAAGGAUCAAUUUUUGCCAUUGAUGUGGAUGUGUUAAGGGUAUCUGCAGAACUUGCAGAUGGUGUUGAAGCAAACAUGCAUGUACAAUCCAUCUUUACCGAAAAUGCCAAGAUAGGUGUACUGUCUGAGGGUCUGUCUCUUAGCUUUAAUGGUUCUAGAGUUCUAAAGAGCACCCGCAUCCAGGUAUCAUGUAUUCCCUUCAGCAAUGGAAGUUUACUUGACACAAAGGUUGAACCAUCACCAAAAAGAGAUUGGGUUGUUCAAGGGCUAGAUGUCCAUAUUUGCAUGUCUUACAGGUUGCCAUUGCGUGCCAUAGAGGAUGCUGUUGAAGAUAUGCUUCGUGCACUAAAGCUUGUCUCAUCUGCCAAAAGAAGUUUACUAUGUACUGAUGGUAAAGAAAAAUCAAAAAAGGUUAAUUCUGGGGCAUCCAAAGUUGGAUCUGUGAAGUUUGUAUUGCGUAAACUGACUGCAGAUAUAGAGGAAGAGCCCAUCCAAGGUUGGCUCGAUGAACAUUACCAUUUGAUGAAGAACAAAGUUUGUGAGCUAGGUGUUAGGUUGAAAUUUCUUGAUGAAGCUAUAUCAGGAAGUGUAGACCCAAACAAUCGCAGCUCUGAGAGAAAAAUUCUCUAUGAUGGCGUUGAAGUUGGAAUGCAUGACCCCGCAGCUAUUCAAAGAUUUCAGGAAGAAAUCCAUAAGCAAACAUUUCGUUCAUAUUAUGUGGCUUGUCAGAACAUGGUACCUGCAGAAGGUUCUGGAGCGUGUUCAGAAGGUUUUCAAGCUGGAUUCAAACCAAGCUCGCGAAGAGCUUCUCUUCUUUCACUUUGUGCUUCAGAACUGGAUGUUACUUUGACCAGAAUAGAUGGUGGAGAGGUAGAAAUGGUUGAAUUUAUAAAGGGGCUUGACCCUGUCUGUCAGGAGCAAAACAUACCAUUCUCUCGGUUGUAUGGUAGUGAUGUUUGUGUCCUUGCUGGGUCCUUGGUUGUACAGUUGAGAGACUAUACUUCUCCAUUAUUUUCCUCGCUCAGUGCAAAAUGUCAAGGCCGUGUUGUGCUUGCCCAGCAGGCAACAUGUUUUCAACCCCAAAUACACCAAGAUGUAUAUAUUGGAAGGUGGCAAAAGGUCACGAUGCUACGUUCUGCCAGUGGUACUACUCCAGCAAUGAAAAUGUACACUAAUUUACCUAUCUAUUUCCAGAAGGGAGAGAUAUCUUUUGGAGUUGGUUAUGAGCCAUCUUUCGCUGAUAUAAGUUAUGCAUUUCAAGUAGCCCUGCGGAGAGCUAAUCUUAGCAAAAGGGCUAGUUCUACUCCAGCAGUCCAACCACCCAAAAAGGAGCGCAGCUUACCAUGGUGGGAUGACAUGAGAUACUACUUGCACGGAAAGAUAGUUUUGUAUUUCAACGAGACCAAAUGGAAAUUCCUUGCGACAACUAAUCCUUAUGAGCGUGUGGAAAAACUCCAGAUUGUUUCUGAAUACAUGGAGAUCCAGCAAACUGAUGGUCAUGUGGAUGUUUCUGCUAAAGAAUUCAAGAUGUACAUCAGCAGCAUAGAUAGUAUUACGAAGAACUGCAGGUUAACACGACCAUCUGGUGUGCCCGGACCUUUUAUAUAUGCUCCUUUAUUCUCCUUAAAUGUGGUUAUUGAUUGGCAAUGCGAAUCUGGGAAUCCAUUGAAUCAUUAUUUGCAUGCCCUCCCUGUUGAGGGGGAGCCACGAAAGAAAGUUUAUGAUCCAUUUCGAUCUACUUAUCUCUCUCUUAGGUGGAACUUCUCCCUUAGACCAUUGCAAUCUGGUAAUGGCCCAUCAUUUCCCUUUUAUGGAAAUAACUCACUGGUCCAUGGGACCACAUCUGGCAGUUCUUGCAAAACAGCUGAUGAUGAAUUCCCUACCAUGAACCUUGGAGCUCAUGACCUUGCUUGGGUUUUCAAGUGGUGGAGCUUAAAUUACAGCCCCCCUCACAAACUUCGUUCUUUCUCUAGAUGGCGUCGUUUUGGAAUUCCUCGGGCUGCUAGAUCUGGUAACCUCUCACUGGACAAAGUUUUGGUUGAAUUCUUUUUUCGUAUUGAUGCUACUCCCUGUUGCAUAAGACAUGUAACUUUAUAUCCGGAGGAUGACCCUGCUCGUGGCUUGACGCUUAAGAUGUCAAAUUUGAAGUAUGAGUUAUGUUACAGUCGAGGUAAACAGCAGUACACAUUUGAUUGUAAGCGUGAAUCGCUGGACCUUGUUUAUCGUGGUCUGGAUCUUCACAGGCCAGAGGUUUAUCUGAUGCGAGAUAGCAACCUGUCUUCAGUUGAAAAUGUAUCCAAAUUAAGGACUAGUGUCCAACAUUCACCGGGUAAAUUUAUUCACGACAGAUGUAGCAUGGGCAAUUUCCAAGAAAAACACGAGGAUGGCUUCCUCUUAUCUUCGGAUUAUUUCACGAUAAGAAAGCAAACUCGUAAGGCAGAUCCUGAAAGACUUGUGGGAUGGCAGGAUACUGGUAGGAGUCUUGAGAUAACAUAUGUUAGGUCUGAGUUUGAGGAUGACAGUGAAAGUGACCACACUUUAUCUGAGCCCAGUGAUGAUGAAGAUGAUUUUAAUGUGGUGCUUGCAGACAAUUGCCAAAGAGUAUUUGUUUAUGGCCUUAAGAUUUUAUGGACUCUUGAGAACCGUGAUGCAGUUUGGUCAUGGGUUGGAGGAAUUUCCAAAGCAUUUGAGACUCCAGAACCCUCUCCUUCACGACAAUAUGCACAAAGAAAGAUGAUUGAGGAAAGGAAUGCUGAGGGCUCUAAAUUUGUGCAAGAUGCCAGCUCUUCCAUACAUGCGGGUUCUCCAUCAGUACAACAUGUGAAUGCUUCAGGUUCAUCUUCCCCAUUUCAUAGUAAAGCCAAUUGCUCCUCUGAUAAGGAUGUGAAGCAUGACAUUUUUUAUGAUUUGGAUAAGGGGGGAACACCCCAGUAUAUGGUUAAUGUUUACACACCCCAAUUCAACCUACACUCUGAAGAGGCAAAUGGAAGGUUUUUACUUGCUGCAGCCAGUGGUCGUGUGCUGGCACGUUCAUUUCAUUCAAUUGUUCAUGUUGGCAAAGAAAUGCUAGAGCAAGCAUUGGAAACAAGCAGCCUACAUAUUCUUGAGUUGCAACCGGAAAUGACCUGGAACAAAAAUGAAGUCUCUGUGAUGCUUAAAGAUGUCCAAGCUCAUGUGGCACCCACUGAUGUAGACCCUGGUGCUGGCCUGCAGUGGCUUCCACGGAUUCUAGGUAGCUCUGAGAAAUUGAAGCGCACAGGUGCCUUGUUGGAGAGAGUAUUUAUGCCUUGUCAAAUGUACUUCCGUUAUACUAGACACAAAGGUGGAACUGCAGACUUGAGGGUUAAGCCAUUAAAGGAGCUAUGCUUUAAUUCUCCAGACAUUACUGCAACGAUGACUUCACGCCAAUUUCAAGUGAUGUUCGAUGUGCUUAGGAAUCUUCUAUUAGCAAGACUUCCCAAGCCUAGGAGAAACAGUCUUAAGUAUCCAUCAGAUGAUGAAGAUAUUGAAGAAGAGACUGAUGAGGUGGUGCCUGAUGGAGUACAAGAAGUGGAGCUUGCGAAAAUUAACCUUGAACAGAAGGACAGGGAAAGGAAGUUAUUGCUUGAUGAUAUAAGGUCUCUCACUGGAAAUUGGGAUAAGGGAACAGAUCAGUUACAUUCUUUAGAAAAGGGUGAUUGUUUAUGGAUGAUCAACUGCGGGAAAACUUCAUUGGUGGCAGGACUGCAUAGGGAUUUUAAAAACCUAGAGACAUCUCGAAAAUCUGCAUCUUCAGCAUUAAGGGAAGCACUUCAUAAGGCUGCACAAUCACGCUUGACGGAGAAAGAGAAGAAUAAAACCCCUUCUUGUGCCAUGCGGAUUUCAAUGAAAAUUAGCAAGGUUGUAUGGAGCAUGCUCGCAGAUGGAAACACUUUUGCGGAAGCUGAGAUCAAUGAUAUGGUGUGCGAUUUUGAUCGGGAUUACAAAGAUAUAGGCAUUGCUCGGUUUACAACUAAAUACUUUGUUGUGAGGAAUUGCAUGGCCAAUGCAAAAUGUGAUACAUUAUUGUCUGCCUGGAACACACCUCCUGGAAAAAUUAACAUGCUCCGUGUGGAUGCCAAGCAAGGUGCUCCUAAGGAUGGAAAUUCUCCACUUGAGCUCUUUCAGGUAGAAAUAUACCCAUUAAGAAUAUAUCUGUCUGAAGCAAUGUAUAGAAUGAUGUGGGAUUACUUCUUUCCUGAAGAAGAUGAUUCGCAGCGACGGCAGGAAGUUUGGAGAGUUUCAACAUCAACUGGACCUCGAAGAACAAGAAGGCUCUCUUCUGGUGUUGAUGCUGCUACUAGCAGCUAUUCUGUCAGAGAACAUGAGCUUCCUGGGAAAUCAGGUGCAAUUGUAUCUACGUCAACAAAUAUCUCGAGUUGGCAAGGCUUACACAGUGACAACUCACAGGUUUCGAAAUUUCAGAGUAUAAAAGCAAAUAUGGUAUGCGGUUCGCAUCAAGAGUUGCGCCGGUCAUCUUCAUUUGAAAGGACUUGGGAUGAAAGUGCGGCAGAGAGUGUCGCAAUUAGUGACGUGGUAUCACUCGUGAACUCUUCAGCUGUUUCAUCAAAAGGAGAUGUGAACAAUUCUGUGUCAGAGAAUCCUAUUGCGGGAACUGAUAUGUGGAGAAGUAAAACAAAAGAUUCUAAGCCUGCCAAGUCUGGCCGUCUCUCUCAUGAGGAAAAGAAAGUUGGGAAGUCAAAUAAUGAUGAAAAGAAGACACGAGCUCGGAAAUCGAUGGAAUUUCGUAACAUCAAGAUCAGCCAGGUUGAACUUCUUGUUACGUACGAGGGAUCAAGGCUUGCUAUUAAUGACUUAAGGCUGCUUAUGGACACUUUCCACAAGUCAGAAUUUACUGGUACAUGGAGGCGACUAUUUUCUCGAGUCAAGAAACACAUCAUCUGGGGAGUUUUGAAAUCAGUGACUGGAAUGCAGGGGAAGAAGUUUAGCAACCAUAGGGAAAUUCUUGAGGGUGGUAUCCCGGAAAACGAUCUAAAUUUGAGUGAUAGUGAUGUUGAUCAUCAUGGAAGACCUGAUCAAUUAACAGCUUCAUGGUUGAAGAGGCCAGGUGAUGGUGCAGGUGAUGGAUUUGUCACCUCAAUUAGAGGGCUUUUCAAUACACAACGCCGCAAGGCAAAGGCCUUUGUGAUUCGGACAAUGCGAGGUGAUGGACAUAAUGAUGAAUAUCAUGAUGAAUGGAGCGAGAGUGAUGGCGAGUAUCCUUUUGCGAGGCAGCUUACAAUUACAAAGGCCAAGAAGCUCAUACGAAGAAAAUUCCGUCCAAGAGGGCAAAAGAGCUCUGGACCAUUGCAAGAUUCACUGCCAUCUAGUCCGCGGGAAACAACACCAUAUCAAAGUGAUUCCUCCAGGUCAUCAUAUGAGGACUUCCAUGAGCAGUAAAACCAUGCUGGUAGAUGGUUGAUGCUGUUUUCAGCUUCUACGUUAGGUGGACAAGAUAUAAUUGGGGCAAGGACAAUCUCGGUAUAGCCCUUCCAACUGUGUGGAGGAGCUGUCUGCUUGCCCCCAGGCGCAUGGCGAACCCCUUGUACAUAUAGGCAGGGUGUAGUGUAGGAAUUUGUGUAGCGUGUCCGCGUGUGUAGUUACUAGUUAGCAAUCAGAUGUACCAUCAAAACAUCAAGAUGUGUCAUAUAUAGCGGAUAGGCAUUGUAUCCCUAAUUAUAUGGCCAUGUAAAUUAAUAAAAGGCCGCCUCGUGCUCGUAGAAAACGAAACCCCUAAGUCAUGGCACGAGGCAUUCACUUUGUACUUCGGAACUAGUAUACAUGUAUAUUUAAUGGUAAACGUGUAGUACUAGUACUCGCUCCAUUCCUUUUUGAUGGUUCUAUUUCCAAAACUGAAACUCUCUUUUGAUAGUCUUGCUAUCUUGGAAACGAUACAAGACCUUUUCAAGAGUUAACUUGUAUAAAAAAAAUUAUCGGUGCA